AAGAAAUAAGCUGCGAGCCACUGUAUGUACAUACAUAUACUUUAUGGGGUCUGAGGGUGUAUAGCGUAUAAUAGUAUAUGUACAUAUGCAUAUGAAAGUAUCUUUAAGUUUAAUCAAACAUACAUAACUUUAUAUGAAUCUACACCAACCAAACCCCUACAAAUUACUGUUGUGAACAUAGUAUACAAUUCCCGUACAAGUUGUCAAUGGCAACGUUUUCCGAACCAUAACACAGUUCUCGUAACAAUUGCUCCACUCAUUGUUUGCAUUAGCAUGGAGGAACUUCAAAAAUUUGGACUUUUUAUAGAUGAUAUCUACAGACUACGAGUUGAAAGCCCAAACGUUGUCGGCGAAAAAAAUCUGUUUAAAACGGAAUGCUUUAAAUACUCCACAAGUUUAAAAGUGUUUAAGAAAUUAGUUAAUGAUUUCUGUAAAAUAAAUGUAUUGACCGCAAAAGAUGUCGAUAAAGAAAAAUUACGCGCAAUUAGCACUCAGAAUCAGCUUAAAACCAUAUCUAAUCACCGUCAAAGUGAGCUGCAAAUUUAUCAGACCGAGAUUACAGAGUACACGAUCGAAUUAGAACGAUUAAAAAAUGAAUUGCAGUAUUUACAGCGAAUCGAAAGUGAGCAACAUGAAAUUAUAAAUAAUUUUUUUGAAAAUCACUAA